AUGGCGAUGAUGACUGGCCGUGUGCUGCUGGUGUGUGCCCUCUUCGUGCUGUGGUGCGCUGCCGGUGGAGGCGGUAGAUGUGACGGGGGAGAAACGGCGGGUCUUGGGAGUGCUGAACAUCUGCCGGAAUCAGAAGCACCUGAAAAGUCCCCAGAAGGCACCCAAGGCAUAAGAGAUGGAACUGGAGGUGUUAAAGGACAAGUACCCUCCAAACCUCCAGAGGAUGAAGUUGAAGAAGAUGAAGAUGAAGACGAUGAAGAUGAAGAAGAAGAUAGUGAAGAGAAUGGUGAUGGUGCAGGGGCGGAAUAUGAAGAAGGAAAAAGAACAGAAGGGCAGGGUGAUCAAGAAGUAACAGUUACAUCAUACCCAAAUUCCGGGGAAAAGAAUUCAAGAGGCAACGAGCAGCAAACACGUCAGUCAAUUGUAUCUGCUGGGGACAUUCCUCAUUCCGGCAGUCAGGAAUCAAAUGCCAAUCCUACGCAAACGAAGAUAGAAAAAAAGAAGGAGACUGACGAAAAUACACCUGCAGUAGAGAGUCCACUCAAAACAGUUAACAGGGAGCAAACACUGCCUGCGGGAAUUGCGGGAGGAAAUCCUUCACCAGCUCAAGAAGAAGGUAUUGAUUCCCGCGAACAGGAUGGCGAAGACACCACGAGUGAAGAUAAAAAAAAUGUUCCGCCGCCUGACACCGCGGCCACACCACAAAGCCACCGAGAAGAAGGCUCAGAAGGGACUGAGGAAGACACAAAAGCAACGACAGUAACCGCAAACACAACUGAUACGACGAAUACACAAAACAAUGACAGCAGCACCGCGGUCUCCCACACCACCUCCCCUCCUUUGCUUCUUAUUGUUGUUGCGUGUGCCGCUGCUGCUGCGGUGGUGGCCGCGUGA